AUGGCAGACUUUGAACUAUAUACCUACCAGCAGGAAGUGGUUGAAAGGGCUCUUAAGAGAGAGAAUAUCAUAAUCUGGCUGCCGACAGGAGGUGGAAAAACCCGUGCUGCAGUGUAUGUGGCCAAAAGACACCUGGAGACCACACCAAAGGCUAAAGUGAUGGUCCUGGUAAACAAGGUUCACCUUGUUGAUCAACAUUACAACAAAGAGUUUGAGCCUCACCUGAGUCGUGACUAUGAUAUUAGGAAAGUCAGUGGAGUGAGUGAUGAGAAGGACUUUUUUGGGUUAGUGGUGCAGGACUCAGAUGUGGUCAUCUGCACAGCACAGAUCUUGUACAACGCUCUGAUUAACAAGGAGGAAGCAAGACAUGUUGAGCUGUCAGAUAUCACUCUGCUGAUAAUCGAUGAGUGCCACCACACUCACAAAGAGGGAGUCUACAACAAAAUAAUGAGACUCUAUGUGGAGAAAAAGUUGAGAGAAGAACAACCACUGCCACAGAUCCUGGGUCUCACAGCAUCCCCGGGGACAGGGGGCGCAAAGACCCUGGACAAGGCUGUGGAGCACGUACUGCAGAUUUGUGCCAACUUGGACUCAGCCAUAGUUUCGACUAAAAAAUAUGCUCCGGAGCUGAAGGAAAGGGUACCCAGACCCAAAAAAAUCUUCAGAAUUGUAGAAGAAAGACCUAAAGAUCCUUUUGGUGAUCAUCUGAAAGGGAUGAUGAAUGCUAUCCACGAUUACAUGGCCCUUCCUCCAGACUUCAGACUGCAAGAGUGUGGAACACAAGAAUAUGAGACAGAUGUGGUGAUGCUGGUGCAGCGAGGAAUAAAAGAGGGCAACAGGGUGCUUGCGCAAUGUGCAUUACACCUCAGGCAGUACAACGACGCCCUGCUCAUCAAUGACACUCUGCGGAUGAUUGAUGCUUAUGGCUCCCUUGAGGACUUCUACAUCCCCCCAAAAAACCGUGCCAUUGAUGGGACAGACUCCUUCCUGUUGGAGCUUUUUGAAAAGAAUCAGGUGGAGCUAAAGAACCUUGCUAUGGAUCCUCAGUUUGAGAACCCAAAGAUGGCUGAACUUCAGAGCACUCUACUAGAACAGUUUGGUUCAGGUGUCCCAUCGAAGGGAAUCAUCUUCAGUAAAACUCGUAAAAGCACCCACUGCCUGAAAGACUGGGUCCUGAAAAACAGGGAGCUGCAGGAAGCCGGCAUUAAAGCAGACAUCCUCACCGGAGUUGGCAAUGGCAUCAACUACAUGACACAGAACGAACAGGCAGAAACAAUCCAGAAUUUCCGCCGGGGUGCUCUGAACCUCCUGAUCUCCACCAGUGUGGCUGAAGAAGGUCUUGACAUACCUGAAUGCAACCUGGUGGUGCGCUAUGGACUCCUUACAAAUGAGAUCGCCCAGCAGCAGGCCACUGGACGUGCACGAGCAAAAGACAGUCGGUAUUCAGUGGUUGCCCAGGCGGGCGGACGCGAAGUUCACCGAGAGCGCAUGAAUGAAUGUCUGGAGGACCUGACUGGAAAAGCCAUUGCCUGUGUCCAAACUAUGACCCAUGAAGACUUUUGUACAAAGAUAUCUGAGCUUCAACAGACGGCAUUAACUUGCAGUAAAAUUGAACAGAGCCGCCAAGCAGAGAAGAGGAGUCGUAACACUGCUGCCAGUGUCCAGCUCCUGUGUCGAAGCUGUUUAACACGUGUGGCUUCAGGCAGUGAUAUUAAACUUAUUGACAAAAUGCAAUAUGUCAAUGUCAACUCUGACUUUAAGAAUCACUACGAAGUCGGAGAGCAGAAGACUCUAGACAGGCGCUUUAUGGACUGGGAGCCUGGGUGUGAAAUCAAUUGUAAAAAAUGCAACAAGAAAUGGGGACAUGAAAUAAAGUACAAGAAGUCUGCCUUAAUGCCAAAUCUAGCCAUUAAAAACUUUGCCCUGGAGACCCCUGAUGGCAGAACUACAGUGAAGAAAUGGAAGGAUGCACCUUUCACUGUUGAGGACUUCAACUUUGAAGAAUACUGCGAGGAAAACUUCCCCGACUUCCUCGAUUGAGACACCAAUAACAGAGCUCUGCAUGGGUUCUCUUCUGCGCUUUACUUGUUUUUAUGACUCUCAUUUCAUUCAGUCAACCAUCACUGCACGACUGUAGGACUUUUCCAAAAAAAAAUUUGCUCCAUACAUGCCGUGUCUUCUGCGAGUGAGGCCUGUGAGGCAGCAGUGUGCAAAAAAACCCUCAGUGCAUCAAUCAUGCUUGUAAUGAGUAAUUAGUGACAGCUUUGUUUAUGCCUCAGCUCCUUUGCAGUUUUGUACAUAAUUCCCUCAUUUUCAUCUCAACCACAGAAACAAAGAAAAAAAAUGAACUGCUGUAAGACGAACCUGAACCAUCAUGAACAUUUGACAUGCCAUCAAGGCAAUAUUAAUUGGAAUGAACUCUUAGCAAUUUUAUAGUGUUUAGAUGCAAUAUUACCAUUAUGUGUGCAUGAAGUAUAAUACUGUGAAUAUGGUGAUUGUUGACUAAAUUUAAAUCCCCUUUUUCUGUUUGAUAUUAAUUAAUGUUACUUUUUUUAAACAAUCUAAAAUUGAUUAAUUUAAAGAAACAUUUCUCUUGAAAUGCUUGAUUUUGCCUUUAUUAACCAGUAGGUGUCACUGUUGAAUAGCCAAUGCCCACAAGCUGGAAAAACACUACAGGUCUCAUCUGCCCUUGUUACUGCUAACAAAUGGCAUGACUAAAGCCAGGAUUGAAGCUUUCCAUGUGGAUUUUCACACUGAAAAAAUUGGCCCUCUGUGUCCUGAGGCUCUGACGUAAUAGAAGUCAGUCUAAACACACACAGAUAAUCAGUAAAGAUAAGGCAGAGAAAGAAUGAAUGUGUGACUCUACGCACAGUCAAACUUGACAGACCCUUGACCCUAGGCAUUUAAUCCCCAACUGCUUCAGUGAAGUGUCUCAUUAGCCACUAUAUCAAGAUGGAGUAGCGUCUUGAUGUAUGUAUGGAACGUCUCUAAAAGAAAUAUAUACUCAGUAGCAAAGCAAAUACUGUGUGCUCUUUUCAGUCAACUGGUAUAUAAAGAAAAAUGUUUUAAAAGUCUACGUAAAAGCUUUACAUGAAAAGACAGCAUUUAGAAACACUGCCUUCAA